AUGCCCCCUGAAACCCCGCUCCCACUUCCCCCCUCCUGGCCCGACACGGACACCUACGUAUCCUCCCUUCUCACCUUCGCAACGACCUCCAAUGUCUUUCUCAACUUUUGUGGAGGAAUACAUAUCCUCGAUUUCCUCACCCGCGUGCCAGAUCUCUACACAACCGUCAUACCGCAGGAUUGGAGGGAGUUCUUCGCGCACCAUGACAUCAGUGCGAUAUUGGAUCUGCUCAUGAGAGAGGAUAUAGAAUCAUUACGAAGAGAUAUAUGCCGCGACAGCAGUGGGGGAAAAGAGGGUGCUGUUGAAUGGAGGGGUGGCCCGACGCCCCCUCAGAGUCUGCUGGAAUAUAUCCAUGAUAUACGACGACAUUGCCUGCGGCGGGAGUUCACGCCUACAAAUAACUAUGCUGAGCAGAACGGGCGUCGCAAUGGAAAUUCCAACCCUAAAAGUUGUAGCAAUGUUAUCCCCCGCCAUAUCGCCGUUGGUAUGAAACCCAAAAAGGUGCAUGAAGUCGCCCAUUUCGCCAGCUAUGUCGAUGCCCUCACUGAUCAUAUUGAGCAUCGGAAAGGUGAUGGAGAGCGGAUUACACAUAUUGUUGACUUUGGUUCUGGGCAGAAUUACCUUGGCCGGACGCUGGCUAGCCAACCGUAUAAUAGACGGGUUAUUGCCAUUGAGCGAAGGCGGAAUAAUAUUAGUGCUGCGAUGGGGAAAGAUGUAUUGGCAAAGCUGAAGAAGGAGAGGGCCGUGAGGGAUCAGAAAGGGGAUAAGGAGAGUGUCAAUGGGGAUGUCCCUGGGGACGUUACGGGUAAAGUGGAUUCUGAUUCUGCGGUGCCAACUCCGCAGAAUGGCCAGGUUAAGAUUUAUGGGGAAGAUAGGGAAGAUUCGACAACGCUGGUUCAUGCUGAGGUUGGGAUUGAAUCAAAUGCUGGGAAAUGCCCUGGAUGUUCCGAUGGUUGUACCACAGAACAGAACGAGGAGGACACCUGUUCCAAGGGUUCCAUGGAUUACAUCGAACAUGACAUCCAAGACGGGUAUCUUGAACGUAUCAUUAAACACGUCGUGGAGGCCGCCCCCUCUCCUCCGCCUCCGACCCACCAGUGUACAUGUACAUCUACAUGUCCCAAGCACACACCGCCAACCUUCCAAACACCCAAGUCCCCACCCCAAGCACGUGUCAUGGUCAUAUCCCUCCACUCCUGUGGGAAUCUCGUGCACCACGGCAUCCGCUCACUCCUCCUCAACCCCUCCGUCACUGCCAUCGCCAUGAUCGGCUGCUGCUACAACCUCAUGACUGAACGCCUCGGCCCAGUAACCUACAAACUUCCCGUUCUCCGCUCUCUCCACCCACGUCUCGAAGCCACCUCCAAAGCCUACGACCCACACGGUUUUCCCAUGAGCAAAUACUUCGAAACUUACACCCACGAGGGCGGCACGGGUAUCAAGCUCAACAUCACUGCACGCAUGAUGGCGGUUCAGGCACCGUAUAAUUGGGGCCCAGAGGAUAGUGAGAAUUUCUUCACCAGACACUACUAUCGCGCCUUGCUGCAGCGGGUUCUGGUAGACUAUGGUGUUGUGCCGGUACCUGGUCCUGGGUCGCCGGUUGGUGACGUGUCAAUGGAGUCUGGGAUGAAGGCGGAGGUUAGUGGGACGCCACUGAUUGUCGGAUCGAUGCGUAAGGCUGCCUUCACCUCGUUCAUUGCAUAUGCGAGCGCGGCUAUUGCGAAAUUAUCCCGCGAUCCGCACUAUGGAGCGGCGAUUAGGGAGAAGGUGGCUGGGCUGUCUGCGGAGGAGUUAGCGAGGUAUGAGGAGCGGUAUGCGGUGUAUAGAAAGAAUCUGAGCAUUGCGUGGAGUCUUAUGGCGUUUAGCGCUGGGGUAGUGGAGUCUCUGAUUGUGGUGGAUCGAUGGCUGUUUCUGCGCGAGCAUGAAGGGGUGAAGGAGGCGUGGGUGGAGACGGUGUUUGAGUAUCGGCAGAGUCCGAGGAAUUUGGUUGUUGUAGGGGUUAAAGUGUGA